AUGACCACUACUAGUACUACUACUACUACUCCAGAAGAAGACCAGCAUGCGGAACUGCAGGAAGAAAUAGGAGCGUUGCGUCGAUCCGUCGAUUGGGAUGUCAAGGAUCUCGAAAAUUUGGAAGAAUUCUUCAAGGCCGAUUUGGCCGCCGAUAUCGAACGCAUGUCGUCGGGGUCGUAUGAUGAAGAAGAUCAAGACAAUCUGUCGUCGUCACACGGAACCAAUCAUUCCACUGGAUCUGCCGAUAUUGCCAGUAGUAGCAUGGCCACCAAUACGUCCAUGCGCAAGCCAAAACCAAUGAUGGCAGGAAGACCCGUCACGGGAGCUCCCGCGCCCAACUCGGAUCUAAUUUUCUUUGUCAAUGCGGCGUUUCGCGACGAAUAUCAAGUCUGCGCGCAAUUGACUACGGAUCACGCCGUUGUCGCAUUUGAAUGUGAUAUCGUACAAAAACUCAAUGCCGGACAGACAUUGCCCUACUUGACAUCGCUACGAGUCCCCAAGGGCUGUUUAAUGCGCGCCAAAGUCCAUCCCAUUUUCCGACGACUCCUCGUACAAUCCAUGUGGAUACAACAACAACCGGCCAUGUUGCGUUAUCAAAAAGGACAGACCAAAAUUGAUCCCACAGCACCUGUCUGUAGUUGUGCCAAUCCACCGUGUGGUAAUCCUGCCGUUCGAUUUGUCGGCAAUCCGGGAUUCUUUUUACAAAAAAAUCUACUCAUUGAUCCCUUUUGUGUCCCCGUCUGUCUCGAUACCAAGUGCGUCUUGCAAGCCCAACAAAUGUCCAAUACCAUUCACGCAAAAGCACAACAGCAUGCUGCCAAUAGUAAUCUCGGACAAACGUCCAAAUUUGCGACGGCGUCCAAUCCAGCGUUGAAAUCGCAAAUGCCACACGACGUGCAUUCCUGUAAUGUCUGUGGAUCCUUUGAACGCAAAUACGGUGGAUCCGCCCAUGUUCUCAAAGCGUGUCCGCUCUGUGGGAUUGCCUAUUAUUGCAGUCAACAAUGCCAAAUUCAAGAUUGGCAACGCGGUCAUAAGGAUGUGUGUACCAAUGUCAAGGGGACUGCCACGGGUGCACAACAACAACAACAACAACAGACACAAGUCAAGGCUGCUGCUGUGGAUAGUAAUUCUACAAAGAAACCAGAACCACCCGCCACCAUUCCCGAAGAGACUCCCAUUAUUGCGCCGGCGCCCUCGCCCAUUCCAUAUCAAAUGCCGGUGGCAGCUCCGGCUCCGGCGCCCAUGCCAUUGCGCACGACAGCACCACCGCAAAAGAAACAGCCAUCACCACCAGCCAAACAACAACCCACUUCUAGCAGCAACAACAAUAGCAUGACAGAAGUGACACAGGGCAUGGCGGCCAUUUCCAUGCCCACGUACAACAUGCCCGAACCAGAAGUCGUUGCGACACCGCAACAUCGAGUUUCGGCGCCGCCCACGGUCCCUGUUCCGACCUAUAACAUGCCAGAACCAGCCGUUCCUGUCUAUCCUGCACCACCCAAACGAGCCGUCUCGGAAGGAAUGGCACCCUACAGUGUUCCCACGUUUCCAGGCAAUACCAAUAACAACAACGACAACAAGGACGCGACCAAUACAACUGCCACAACGACAACAACACAAAAGGGACGCAAAAAGGCAGAGUAA